AUGGAGUGCCAUCUGAUUGGCUUCUGCAUCAUUGCGACCCUCCUGGUGAGCACCAGUGCGCUGGCCAACUGUCCGUCAGGCUGUCAGUGCGAUGACAACACGCUGGUCGUGCAGUGCGGCGAGGGGCAGUUGGAUGUGUUGCCCAUCGCUCUGAAUCCAUCGAUUCAGCGACUGGUGAUCAAAAGCAACAAAAUCAAGACUAUCGACUCGUCUAUUCAGUUCUAUGCCGAGCUGACCUUCUUGGACUUGUCGUCCAAUCAUCUGAUGACAAUUCCUCAACGCACCUUUGCCUAUCAAAAGAAGCUGCAGGAGGUGCAUCUGGAUCACAACAAGAUUGGCCAGAUUAGCAACAAGACUUUCAUUGGACUCUCCGCUGUGACCGUGCUCAAUCUGCGCGCCAAUCUCAUUUCGGAACUGCAUCAGGGAACCUUUUCGCCACUGCUUAAGAUCGAGGAGCUCAACUUGGGGGAGAAUCGCAUUGGCUUCAUUGAUCCCAAGGCCUUCGAUGGACUCUCGCAACUGCGCAUCUUGUACUUGGACGACAAUGCACUGACCUCGGUGCCGGACCCCGUCAUCUUUCAGGCCAUUCCCAAUCUGGCCGAGCUCUUCCUGGGCAUGAACUCUUUGUUAACAGUGCAGUCGGCGGCAUUCCAGGACCUUAAGGGUCUAACGCGCCUGGAGCUGAAGGGAGCCAGUCUGCGGAACAUUUCACAUGACAGCUUCAAAGGACUGGAAGCAUUGCGCGUCCUCGAUCUGUCAGACAACCGCCUGCCGAACAUUCCCAGCCUCAGUCUCAGUCAUUUAGAACGCUUGGAGCUGCUGUCUUUGGGUCAAAAUGAUUUUGAGGUUAUCCUGGAGGGUGCCUUUGUAGGCCUCAAGCAGCUGAAGCGUCUAGACAUUAACGGAGCGCUUAAGCUGAAGCGCAUAAUGUCAGGCGCAUUUGCUGCCAACGCCAACCUAGAGUAUCUUAAUCUUUCGUCCAACAAAAUGCUUGUGGAGGUACAGGAGGGCGCGCUCAGUGGACUUCCACACCUGCGACAUGUUGUGCUAAAGGCAAAUGCUUUGACCUCACUAGCUGAGGGCCUCUUUCCCUGGAAAGACUUGACUACCCUGGACUUGUCGGAGAACCCGAUUGCCUGCGACUGUCGGGUUAUGUGGAUGCGAAAUCUGCUCAUUGCCAAAAACGCUAGCCAGGAUGAGUUGAGUGAGGUUAUCUGCGAGUUUCCCGAACGCCUACGCGGUGAGGCUCUGAAGCAUUUGAAUCCAACCCUCAUGGGAUGCACGCACACCGAUCCCCGAAAGCAGGCCUUGAUUGGCGCCCUACUCGUAGGCUCUGCAGCCACAAUCACCGCCUUGGCUCUCGUACUGUAUCGGUGCCGCCACAAGAUUCGCGAGUACGUGAAGGGGGGUUUGUGGGGAAAUUCGGCCUUGGGUCGCAAGGAGCGCGAGUAUCAAAAGACCUUCUGCGACGAGGACUAUAUGUCGCGCCUCCAGCAUCACCCUUGCUCUCUAGGAAUUCAUUCAACCUUCCCCAACACAUACACUGCCACUCACCACCCCGGAGCCGCCCACCACUAUGGCAUGUGCGCUAUACCCAUCAACGAUCUUAAUGGCCUGGACCAACAACAUAAGUUCCAGCAGCUGCAGGUGCCCACAGCGACCCUCAUGAGCGAGAAGAAGCUGAACGACAAUAAGGUGGCCCUUGCCGGGGGCGGUGCCGCCAUUGAUGACAGCGCCUCCUUUGUCCUACACAUGAAGUCAGCAGCCGCGGCGGCGGCACGCGAUCAGCAGCCUGCACCCAAGCUGAAUCACUACACCAAGCCGCAGUUCCUCUCCGCCACUGCCGCAGUAGGCGAUUCCUGCUACUCCUACGCCGAUGUCCCCAUGGUGCAUGGCGUCCCCGUUACGUCGCAGCAGUUCCGCCUCACCCAAGAGCACUUCAAGCUGCAGCAGCAACAGCAGCUACAGCAACAACAGCAGUACGACAACGACGUCAAUAGGGAAGUGCUCGAUCCGAACUAUAUUUACAGCAAUGCCCACUACUCCAUACCCCUGGAGCAGGUGGGUCGCAGCAAAACGCCCACACCGCCGCCGUUGCCGCCAGCACUGCCGCUGCGAAACGGCCUGUGUGCCACCACCGGACGCCGAUCGUUCCAGCAGAAGUCGGCGGCGGCCACCAGCGCCCACGGCAACAACACCCUGCGCCAGUUUCCACACUGA